AGGAGAAGAGGAAGAAGAAGAAGAAGAAGAAGAGGACGAUGAUGAUACCCAAAGACGGAGCCCACCGAAUGGAAGAAGACGACACGGAAGACGAAGAAGAUGAAGAACACGAAGAAGAUUACAGCGCGGGGAGACACGUCGCUAGAUACAGGAGUGACCAGGGCGAGGAGGCGAUGGCACUCACGAGGCCCGUCAAGUGGCACUCGGGAUUCCCGGCCAAAUACUCGGUUCUUCACGACCUGGGGAAAGGAAGGUUCAGCGUGGUCAAGCGGUGUCGUCGGCUCCAUGACGGGAGGGAAAUGGCGGCCAAAUUCGUUCGAAAAGCCCGCCAGGACGAGACACUGACCGAAGCGGAGUUCCGGAUCCUACGGAGCAUGCGUCACCCCGCCCUCGUGCGCCCCCACGCCCUCUACUCGGCCACGCCCAAGUUUCACGUGUUCGUCAUGGAGCUGGUGGUGGGUCUGCCGCUGCUGGACUGGAUCUUCACGCGCGAGGAGACGACUGAGGCUGAGUGCGCAGACAUGCUCUCCCAGGUAGUUCUCGCCCUCCAGUAUCUCCACAGCCAUAAUGUGGCUUAUCUUGAUCUGAAGCCUGAAAACCUGCUGGUGGAUUUAGUGCGGACCUCGGAAGGAAAUGGAGAGAGAGUACUGAGAACCAUGGUGGGGAUGGAGGAGACGAAAACCGAAGCGGAGGCUGGAGUUAAGCCACUUAAGCCAGUUGCGUGGGGAGUGGGGGCAGAGGGAGAGGUUCAGACUCGUGGGGAUUUGAAAGCAACUCCUGAAAUCGAGACGGAAGUUGGGGCAGAGACAAAGCCAGCGUCUACCACACUGGAGACAGAAGCCAAGCCGGCGACUCCAGUGGAGUUAAUAGAAAAGAGAACAGCGAUUCUCGAAAUGGCAACAGAAACGAAAAUGAUGGCACACAAGGCUGAAACUAAGCCAGUCUCAUCUCAAACAGAGGGUGAAGUGCAGGAGAGAGUUAUGCGAUUUUCACUUGAAAAACAGAAAGACGCUAAGCCAGUAUCCCCUGAAGUCGAAACAGAAAUAAAGCCAAUUACACCUCAUUGGAAAAAGAAGCAAAAACAAUUGAACUUCCAGUCGAGAAAAAAGUUAAGCCACUUACACCCAGAAAAAUAACAGAAGAUAAGCCACUUACACCUGAAGAGACAGAAGAUAAGCCACUUACACCUACAGAGGCAGAAGAUAAGCCACUCACUACUUUAAAACCACUUACAACUGAAGAGGCA